CAUGGCCCCUAAGGUGGAAAACAAGCAAGGCAAGACCAAGCCCAGCAGCAAGGCUGGUGCUGCUGCCAAGGCAGUUCUGAAGGGUGCAGGUGCGCACAAGGCUCGCAAGGUCCGCACCUCGACCACCUUCCACCGCCCCAAGACCCUUCAGCUUUCCCGGUCGCCCAAGUACCCUCGCAAGUCGAUCCCCCACGCGCCUCGCCUCGAUGCCCACAAGGUCGUUCUCUUUCCUCUUAACACGGAGAGCGCCAUGAAGAAGAUUGAGGAGAACAACACCCUUGUGUUCAUCGUGGACGUCAAGGCCAACAAGCGUCAGAUCAAGCUUGCUCUUAAGCAGCUGUACGAUGUCGAUACCGUCAAGGUCAACACUCUUGUCCGACCCGACGGCUCCAAGAAGGCUUACGCCCGUCUUACCCCCGACGUCGACGCUCUGGAUAUUGCUGCCACCAAGCUUGCUAUCGUCUAGAUGGGUUUGUCUGGGACUGGAUGGGUUUUUCUUUUAGUUUUGUGCGGUGGUUCAUCAAUAUCAAAUAUACAGUUAACUGCCAGUGCUACGACGAG